UUAAAGAUUCAAUAUUAUCCAAGAUGGCAUCCUCCGUAGACGAUGUAAUAGCUAGCCUUACUCCUGUAAUUUUACGCCCUACAAUUCUCCAUGGUUAUGUAGCCCCUUUUGCUGUAAUAUAUAUUUGUUGGUUUUAUUGUUUAGUAUUUAUUUAUGGAAUAAAUGAGUAUUUUGAGGCUGGAAUGAUCGCAGUAGCCGGGAUCGGCUGUUUGCAAAUUCUGGUUUGCUUGUUUUGUCAUUGGUCGGUUCAUGUGCGGAGCUUCCUUACAUGUGCGAAGGCAAAAGACACUUUUCAUGCUACAUAUAUUAAGGUUGUACCAACGGCAAACAAUGGCUCUGCAGAAAUUGUUAAGCUUCACAAUGAAACGAGAGAUGGUAAAAAUGAAGUUUGGUUCAAUUUUCAAAAAACAAAAUAUAUCUACGAUUCUAAAGAGAAGAAGCAGUUUCAAGCUGUGGAGUUUCCCAUUGAUCAUUCCAUGGGAUACUAUGCAGAUUGGAAGGGAUACAGUGACGAAAGUGAAGUGGAAACUGCAAAAACUACAUUUGGUCUGAACAAGCUAACAAUGGAGCCUCCAGAAUUCUGGGAACUAUUUAAGGAACGUGCAACUGCGCCCUUUUUUGUAUUUCAAGUUUUUUGUGUUGGUCUGUGGUGCUUGGAUGAGUAUUGGUACUAUAGUGUGUUCACUUUAAUUAUGCUUGUCAUGUUUGAGGCAACGUUGGUUCAACAGCAGAUGAGGAAUCUGGCCGAGAUCAGGAAAAUGGGCAAUAAACCAUACAUGAUACAGGUUUAUCGUAAUCGCAAAUGGCGGCCAAUCUUCAGUGACGAACUGCUACCGGGCGAUAUCUGCUCCAUAACACGUUCUCAUAAUGAGAAUCCGGUGCCAUGCGAUAUGCUGCUCCUCCGUGGCCCCUGUAUUGUGGAUGAGUCCAUGCUAACAGGCGAGUCAGUGCCACAAAUGAAGGAACCAGUGGAAAAUAUUGAGGCUGACCAUAUUCUGGAUGUCUCUGUGGACAGCAGACUGCAUGUAAUAUUUGGUGGUACUAAAGUGGUCCAGCACACACCCCCAGGAAAGACAUCCCCAGGAUUAAAAUCUGGUGAUAAUGGCUGUAUUGCAUAUGUCCUGAGAACUGGUUUCAAUACAUCUCAGGGUAAGUUAUUGAAGACCAUCUUGUAUGGUGUCAAGAGGGUGACUGCCAACAAUCUGGAAACGUUCAUGUUCAUACUAUUCUUGCUGAUCUUUGCCAUUGCUGCUGCCAGUUAUGUAUGGAUAGAAGGAACCAAGGAUGAAACUCGUAAUAAAUACAAACUGUUCCUUGAGUGUACCCUCAUUCUCACGUCAGUUGUCCCACCUGAGCUACCGAUUGAGUUGUCACUGGCGGUGAAUUCUUCCUUGUUGGCAUUGUCUAAAUUUGGUGUGUUUUGCACUGAACCGUUUCGUAUACCAUUUGCUGGUAAGAUAGACAUCUGUUGUUUUGACAAGACAGGCACACUCACCUCUGAUCAGCUAGUGGUGGAAGGAAUAGCAGGUUUGCCGGGGAAGCAGAGAGUUAGUUCAAUAGCUGAAGCACCACUGGAAACCCACCAGGUACUAGCCACCUGUCAUGCACUUGCCCAACUUGAUGACAUGUUAGUCGGAGAUCCACUAGAGAAGGCGACGUUGACGGCUGUUGAUUGGAACUUGACCAAAGGGGAUGUGGUCAUCUCACAAAGGAUGAGGAGUCAACCUCUAAAAAUAGUCCAGAGAUUCCAUUUCUCUAGCGCCCUCAAGAGAAUGUCAGUGAUAGCCUCUAAGCAGGAGCAGGGAAGUGUAGAAUGCAGUUACAUGGUAACAGUUAAAGGGGCUGCAGAAACACUGAAGCCAAUGUUUACUCAAGUACCAGAUGAUUAUGAUGCUGUACAUUCAGAGAUGGCUCGAGAAGGAGCUAGGGUGCUGUCAAUGGGCUACAAGAAGCUAGGCCAGUUGUCAAAUAGUCAGGUGCGGGAAUUGUCUCGUGAUGAUGUUGAGAAAGAUUUAAUAUUUGCAGGAUUUGUAAUCAUCUCAUGUCCUUUAAAGUCAGACUCAAAAGCAGUUGUCAAAGACAUCCUUCACUCAUCCCAUUAUGUUGCUAUGAUAACAGGAGAUAAUCCACUGACCGCAUGUCAUGUUGCUAAAGAACUCGCUCUUACAAGAAAAAGUCACACCUUAAUAUUGACUAAGCCAAAUGCAAUAGAUUCAGAAUGGCAUUGGGAGUCCAUUGAUGGAUCUGUUGUAUUACCCAUAAUACCUCAAGGAGGUCGUAAGGAACUGACUGACAAGUAUGACCUCUGUCUCACUGGUGAGGGACUGAGUGAAAUGCAGAGUACUUAUUCAAAAUAUUUUAACCGUCUACUGCCCUCUAUAUCAGUGUUUGCUCGUGUUGCACCAAAACAGAAGGAAUUUGUGAUAACAACUCUAAAGAGUUUAGGCUUUGUGACUUUGAUGUGUGGAGACGGUACCAAUGAUGUUGGCGCACUACGACAUGCUCAUUGCGGUGUUGCUCUACUUUCAAGUUCACCAAUAAAAAUUCCAUCUUUAAAGAAGAAAGAGAAAGAAAAAGAAAAAGAGUCAAGUGAAAAUAGUAAAUCUCGAAGACUUAAGGCAAUCAGUGAAAAGACUGGAAGUGGUAAGAUAAUCACAAAAGCUGCAAGGAGUAGAGCCGUAGCCAAAGGCGAAGAUCUAACAAUGGGCAAAAAGAAACUAAACGCAAUGAUGAAAGAAAUUGAUGAACAAGAAGGUGCUCAGGUGGUGAAACUUGGUGAUGCUAGUAUAGCUUCACCUUUCACCUCAAAGCUGUCAUCUACUAAAUGUGUGUCGCAUAUAAUUAAGCAAGGUCGCUGUACUUUAGUAACCACACUGCAGAUGUUCAAGAUUCUAGCUCUAAAUGCAUUGAUCUUGGCCUACAGCCAGAGUGUCCUGUACCUUGAUGGGGUGAAGUUUAGUGACAGCCAGGCAACAUUACAAGGCCUACUGCUUGCUGGUUGCUUCUUAUUUAUAUCACGAUCAAAGCCACUAAAGGUUUUAUCCAAAAACAGGCCUUUACCCAACAUAUUUAAUGUGUAUACCAUUUCUACGGUGCUAAUACAGUUCGCAGUGCAUUUCACAGCUUUAGUAUUUUUAGUGCAAGAGGCCAAGUCUAGGUCUAAUAGAGAAGAAAAGAUUGAUCUUGAGAAAGAUUUUGAACCGAAUAUUCUUAACAGUACCGUAUAUAUCAUCUCCAUGUCUUUACAAUUGAGCACUUUUGCUGUAAAUUACAAGGGUCAUCCGUUUAUGGAAAGUUUACGUGAGAAUAAACCACUGCUGUUCAGCAUAAUAUUCUCCGCUGUUGGAAUUAUCAGCUUGGUGUCUGGAAUGGUACCCGAUUUGUCUCAUCAGUUUGAGAUCAUCGAUUUCCCAGAGGAUUUUCGUCUGAUACUUAUAAAAGUACUUGCUGCUGAUAUGCUUGCUGCUUUUCUUAUAGAUCGCACACUUCAAUUUAUCCUAGGGGGUGGUAGACUACGAUCGGUAUGAAACAAAUAUAGUGAAUUAUGAAAAUGUCACACAACCAUUUUCUAAUCGCCAGCUUACUGAUUAGACCAUGGCAUAGUGAAGGUCUGUAAUUAUAGAUCAACAUCCAAGUCACAAGUAUAACUAGCUAAGUUUAUAGACCUAAGUUUAUAGACCUAAGUUUAUAGACCUAAGUUUAUAGACCGUUUAUAGAAGCCUGCCCAAUGUGUGUAAUGCUGAAAGCAUCGAAUGACAAUUCUAAUUUAAGUAAGGAAAACAACUGCUCUGUGUAAGCUGAAUAAUACUGUGGCAUUUAUUGGUAAUCAAGGAUAUGAUUAAAUCUAAAGCAUUUUAAAUUUAAUAGAUGUUUGUGCACUCUUUAAAAUUCUGUAUAUACUAAAAUCAGGCGAUUCAAAUGAACCUUAAAUAUAUAAAUUUAUUGAUUAGCA